GAUGGAGGAAGGAAAACGGCCUGACAGGCGAAUCAAAUGUGAACAACUUUGACCAACUUGCAGAGCGUCACUCACAUCUUUGCACAAUACCGUGAUUGGUGGUUAAAGAAAUACGCUUGUGAAAAUAGCGCCCUUAGGGAAUGGCCCUCCGAAGUUCCUUCCCCGCAUGAAAGUGCAGCGCGCGACAUUUCGCAAAAGCGACAAGCGAGAAUAACUAACGGACGCAUCGUCACAGGCGGCCUACGUAGGCACAAUUGCGAAGCGUAUGACCGUGAGCACAUAGGCAUACUUGCGUACUUACGUACUUUUACAUACUUGCGUAGCUCCCCCCCCUGCUCGCAAUGGCCGAAGGAAAACCCGCCCUAGCGCUGGGCGCCAAGUACAACGCAACUUGGCAGCAAACCAUGCUGCGUAUCUAUGACCCCAAAGAAACGGUUGCCUUCUACGAAAAGAACUUUGGCAUGAUAAACAUCCACACGUACCAUUUUGAUGAGUACAACUUCUCCCUGUACUUUCUAAUAACCCCUCCGUAUGACGAAGAAGAAAGGAAGAAAAUCCCCCCACCAAAUACGAUCGAAUCUGAGCAAUACCUGUGGAACUUAAAGACCGUCUGCCUAGAACUAACCCACAAUCACAACAGCACGGAAAAGUUAAGCAACGGAAAUAAUGAUAAUGAUAGAGGAUUUGGACACAUCGCUUUUAACUGCCAAGAUGUCACCCAAUUUUGCGAUUACCUAUUUAAAGAGAAAAAAGUGAACUUUCAUAAAUUGCCCCAUGAAACGAAAAUGAAGAGCAUUGGCUUUGCACUCGACCCCAAUGAUUACUGGAUUGAAAUAGUCAAGCGAUCCAGUGAGGUCAAAUGGAAGGACAAAGAAGGCAUCGCAAAUUUUUCCCAAACUAUGAUUAGGGUUAAGAACCCAGAAAAAAGCUUAUAUUUCUAUUUACACAUUUUGGGCAUGAAACUAGUUCAUAUUAAGCACGCCUCGGAUUUCUCCCUCUACUUUUUGAAGUCCCCCUACGUGGAAGGUAACAAAGGAGGAGAUAUUUCCACAAAGGAGAAACCGGAGGGGGAGCAGAAUCUGCCUCCCUACAAUUUUGAAGAGCUGAAGAAGGCCUACCAGUCUGAUGAAGAUUAUGAGAAUUUGAAAACUUCGUGGGAACCCGUCCUGGAACUAACCCACAAUCAUGGGACAGAAAAUGACGAUCAAUUUGCGUACCACAAUGGGAACACAGAGCCGAGAGGGUUCGGCCACAUUGGCUUUUUGGUCGACGAUUUGGCGAACUACUGCCAGGAGUUAGAAAAACUGGGGAUUCCUUUUAAGAAGAAGAUACACGAGGGGCAGAUGAACAAUAUCGCCUUUGUGUACGACCCGGAUAAUUACCUCGUCGAGUUGAUUCAGAGGGGCACGACGUUUGGCCGCAACUGA